CGAGUAUAAAAGGUGGCUUUGCCCAAUCGACUCUUCUGGUUUCGCAGAAGUAUAUGCAUCAGGUGUGACGUUGUUAUGGCGAAACUUGAACUGAAACUGGUCGGAAUCGCUCUUUUCUUGGCAGCCGUUUUAGAAGCUCAGGAAACCCCAGCAACUGAGUCAGCCUCAACCGUGCAAACAGUAGAUGAAACUUCUCCAGUGACAGAAGGCAUCACCACCGAAGAAACCACUAUACCCACGGAGCACAUUAACUCCACUGAGCCCACUAACUCCACUGAGCCCACUAAACCCACUGAAGAAGGGCCAGCGCCCUUUCAAUCAGACAAGGAUACCUUCGACAUUUCAGACAAUACUCCUGGUGUAGAAAAUGGGGGUGACCCAUUUGUGAAGCCAGGAAAACAUAGACCAGGUCUACGACACGUAAAAGCGCACGAUGGGUUCCACAAUUUGAAAACGGAGAAGAAUUGGGCUCACUGGAACGACGCCUUCACCACAUCGGGUCUCAUGUAUAAUUGAAAAUCUUGCUUUUGUGACUUACUUUCUUAUGGAUAUUUAAAUAAAUAAACAACAUUAUGCAUGCCAGACAUAUUAAGUUUUGGUUUACUAGAAAGACUCGCACAUUAAAAAUAUUGUCGCAGUAAAAUGUAGAAAUCCAUCAUUAAGAGAUUAUAAAAACGUAAAAAUCCGUCAUUAAAAUAAAAUAAAAAAAAUUUUACAAAUUGUCAGAAAACUUAUUCUUUAAAUUUUAGAAUACUUUUAUAUAUAUCAUUUCGUUGAGUGCAUUCUUCUAAACUAAGAAGUUGAAACAUGACGAAUUUAAUUAGAUGCCUGACCACAGUUUUAGAGUUCUGUGUGUGCAAUGCGGUGGGUUUUUUGCUGUUUGGUAAAAUACAAUUUAUAAGAAAUUGAAUGAGAAUUUAAAUUUUUAUUUUUUUAGUACCUCCUCCUGUGCCUUCAAACUGUAUUUUCGAUGCCAAGAGUGCGUCACGUUGUCGCCCACGAUGGAUUCCACAAUAUCCAGAAGGAAAAGCUCUUAAUGGGACAUGGGAAACAUAUUAGGCGGCGGUCUAUUCGUUCCUAUCGUUAGAACGAUGGGAAGGUCGAAAUUGCACGCGAUCAUCGUCAAUAAAAUCAUUUAGAGAGCUGUAUAAAAGUGUUUAAGUUCUCAUCGAACAAUGGGAAGCGGAAACCAAGUCCAUCUGUAUCAAUGGAUCACUGAUUAAUUGACCAAUAUAAAUGUUCCGAAUGCAUAAUUAAUAAAACGAGUAGCAUUUACUCACUAAACACUAAGUGAAAAUAUUUUCCUUAAUUACAAGUGAGUGGUUUAAAUUUCUACUAAAAAUACUUUCGCCAAUAAAAAAUAAUCUGCCCUUUUCAAAUAAUUACCUGGCGAUUAGUUACAGAAUUCUAUGAUAAUCCUCUAAUUUAAUCGAGAUUCUUAAUACGUCAAAUUAUUACAAGAUCAUAUGUACGACAAAGCUUCAGUUGUAGCGAAAUAUUUGCAAUAAACCUGGGAACGCAAGUAUAAUAUUUUAAGUUUAAGUUUACUAUUCCGUGACAAUGGAUUAAACCGGAACUAAGUCUCUAGAAAUCAAUUGGUUCCAUAAUUAUUUAAUUGUGAUUCUACGUACCUCUAAAACUUGCACUCUAAAAAUGACUGCUAUGGGAUUAAGACUUAAUCACUUGGCGAUCCUCGUAUGCCUGCUAUUCCUCCUCGUCUGCGUGGACUGCAAAGUCAACCAGCAACACCGGCCGGAUGACCGAAGCCGUCAUCUCCGUUCCCACAAUAUCCACAGACCUCCAUAUGAGGGUUACGAUUGGUACAAACACUAUGAACGAGACUCCGAUCCGGAAAAGGAAAAGAAAGUCGCCGCAGCCAGAUCAGGCCAUGGAGAGCCUACUUCAGAAGAUCUAAAAAAGUAUCUAUCGGAUUUACCAAUUUUAAAUAAACUGUACUAUAGAACCCAUUUUUCCUUUUAGAAACGGACAACUUUCACAAAAAGAAAAGGAUGAAUUCCAUGAGUGGGUACUUCUGCAUGAGAAAACUAAGAAAACAGAGCAUAACCAUACAAAACAUGAGAUGGUUAAAGAUAUCGAGACCGUGCUGAAGGUGAUCAAGGUGGUGAAAGAAAGGGGAACUAUGUAUGUUGCAUCUUUAUCCUUGUAUUUCUCGCAAUGCUAGAGUAUUGUAUGUUUUUUUUUAGAACCGAUGCAGAAAGAUCCCAGUUGACUCCUGAGCUCAAACCAGUAGCCUUGAAAAUUUACAAAAUUUUCAAAGAUAAAAUUGAAAAGAACCCAGAUGUCUACCUUGCUAUGCAUCUCGUAAUAUAUGAGAUUAUGAAAAAAUCAAAGUCUCUAGACUCGAAACACAGACGUUCCAGAGCUCGAAAACGAUCGAACCACUAGAUUUAAAUAUUUUAGAUCUUGAUGUUGCAAUCUUAAAUUGGGUAAACCUUACCUUAUAAUGGCAAGUUUGUAAAUAUAAACAUACGAUUUCUGAAGAAAUAAUAAAGGUUUUAUAAUCAUGCCA